CUUGGGCGCUUGGAAAUACUGGCGGUGCCAUGUUGGAGAGUGACGAAGAUGGUGCCCCUGGGCGUGGGAAGAUCAUACAGAGGCACAAGCGCGAGAUGAAGGCACUGUUGGAGCAAAAAAGGAUUGAAUCAGGAAAGUUGAUGAGUUUCGCCAAGGCGAAACGUGAGAACAAAAAGAUCGAAGCGAGACAAGAGAAAAGAGACCUAGAAGACAAGUACAAAGCCUUGGAAGACGCAAUGAAGCAGAGACACGCAGAAGAAUUACGACAAGCCUCGGAUGAGACUCCAGAGGAAGCAUCAGAUCAGCCUCCGCAAGCCAGCGAAUACGUGGAAGUCGAAGCAGAUGAAGGCACUCCAGGCACUCGCAAGUCGCGCGCGCAGAAGAAGAAGAACCUGCUGGCGGAAAUUGAAAAGGAACUGAGAGAAGGGCCCAAGGAGUAAGAAAUCUGAGAGCUCCCGUUCCCAUCUGGGGCGCGUCCAAAAAGGAUCCAAA